AUGCAUGACUCUCUCAACGGUUUUCAAACCAUCAAGGACUCCAACACUACCUCACGGUGCGACUGCCAUUCAUUGGGCAAGCCAUUAUUGGAGUUCAGCGGGCUACAAGCAAUGCUCGACUAUCAUUCCAGCCACCAGACUGCCGAAGAUACUAUCGCCAGAUUUGUUUCUACUCGCGAUAACUAUGGACUACUUCCGCUACACUGGGCAGCGGUGGGUCCGCAGUAUUCUUUCGAACACAAACUUCCAGACUAUGUGGUUAGUGAACGGAUCACCAACACAUUAAUUCUUCUUCUAGCUAGCGCCCCUGAAACCAUCAAUAUCCCGGAUGCAGAGGGCGUGACACCCUUCCUUUACGCAGUCAAAAGUAGCGCCCUGUAUGGUGAGAGCACCCACGCCGUUGCCAAGUUCCCAAUACGUUUCUUGCUAGAACACGGGGCAGACGCAAGUGUCUCAGAUAACCCUGGCCGAACGGUACUUCAUUGGGUUUUCGACUCUUACCCGCGCAAAAAGUCGACGAAUAAUGCUCUGCUCGAGCUACUGGUUUCCCACGGAGCUCCCAUCAACCACCUAGACAAAGAAGGAAAUACGCCUCUUCAUAUCAUAGCCAACAGUCAUUAUAUGGCCAAGAAUCCCAACCAAGUCCAGACUAUCAAGUUCCUCAUUCAUCAUGGAGCCGAUAUCAAAGCCGAGAAUCUAGAUGGUGACACAGUGUUUCACGUCGCGGCAACUGGGGAACUGAGACCGCAUUAUACGUCUGAUGGCAAGGUUAAGAGGAUUACGAUCGAGGAAAAGAUAAGAGUUCAAGACGAGUUGAUGACAAUCUUGCAAGAGGCUGCUGGUACCGAUGAUAUGAUGCAUCAAGCAAAUCAUGCGGGUGCAACUCCGCGACAGCUAUGCGCAGAGACCAGGAAUAAAUGA